UGCCUGGCCCGGGAAAUCCUUGCUGUCGUGAGUCCGCCGCCCCUCCGGGACUAGGAAAAAGGAGCGAAGAGUUUCCCCACCGAGAGCAGCCGAGCAAGAUGGGGUUCAUCGGCGACCAGGUGGAGUCGAUCCGUUCGGUGCAGAUCCGCCAGGUGCUCACGCAGAUCAUCACCCUCGGUAUGAUUGUUACAUCGGCGUUGAUCAUAUGGAAGGGAUUGAUGGUUGCCACUGGGAGUGAGUCCCCUGUGGUCGUGGUUCUUUCUGGUAGCAUGGAGCCUGGAUUUAAAAGGGGUGAUAUCCUAUUUUUGCGCAUGAGCAAAGAUCCCAUCCGUACUGGAGAAAUAGUUGUUUUCAAUAUUGAUGGUCGUGAAAUUCCAAUAGUUCACCGUGUGAUUAAGGUCCAUGAACGCCAGGAAAGUGCAGAAGUUGAAAUCCUCACGAAAGGUGACAAUAAUUUUGGGGAUGACCGGCUGCUGUAUGCACAGGGUCAGCUUUGGCUUCAGCGUCAUCACAUUAUGGGGCGGGCUGUAGGCUAUCUUCCAUAUGUUGGGUGGGUUACAAUUGUGAUGACUGAGCAGCCAAUGAUCAAGUACCUUCUGAUCGGCGCGCUGGGCCUGCUGGUCAUAACAUCGAAAGAUUGAAGAUGUCUACCUUGCCACAUACUUGUUUGAUAUUGUAGUAAAAAAGUAACCAUGGGGCAGGCGACAUUCUGUUGCGAAAGAUUUUCUUUCAUCUGUUUAGACUAUUGUAUCUGCCCUAGCGAACCGGGUCUUAUGCAACACCCAUCAUCUUCUGACAGUCCUAGUUAGUGGUCUCAAUUUGUCUAUUGCAUUCGAUAAAAAUUGUGAAAUGUUUUCAGGAGAACUGAGAAAGCCUAGUGCUGGUUGGGUCUUGGAUGUACCCCUGAAAAUGGAGCUUCCUUGGUUGCUGAA